UUACCCAUAUCUCACAGCUGAUGUGAGACACACAGCAGACUCCAAUAACCAAUCUCCGCUCCAAACCCGAAAUCGAAUCCGUCCACCUCUUCCAGCUGAACCCUACAUCCUCGCAUCCUGAACAUUGCUGAUUACUUAGGCACAGCCUCCAGGCUCCAGUCAAGUAUUUGAGAACUAUAGUGAAAGAUGAAGUUGGAUGUUGAUGUUCUUCGUUAUCUCUCGAAAGAUGACUUCAGGGUUCUCACAGCUGUCGAAAUGGGCAUGCGCAAUCAUGAAAUUGUACCAUCGGAGUUAAUAGACCGAAUUGCAUCACUCAAGCAUGGGGGUACUUAUAAGGUGUUGAAGAAUUUGCUUAAGCACAAGCUCCUGCACCACGACUCUUCCAAAUAUGAUGGCUUUCGGCUCACUUACCUUGGUUAUGAUUUUCUCGCAAUAAAGACAAUGGUCAAUCGUGGAAUUUUUACUGGUGUUGGCCGUCAAAUUGGUGUCGGAAAGGAGUCUGACAUAUUUGAGGUUGUGAAGGAAGAUGGUACUGUUCUUGCGAUGAAGCUUCACAGGCUUGGUAGAGUUUCUUUUAGGGCAGUCAAAUCUAAACGUGAUUAUUUGAAGCAUCGCAGUAGCUAUAAUUGGCUGUACUUGUCGAGGCUUGCUGCUCUUAAGGAAUUUGCCUUUAUGAAGGCCCUGGAAGAACAUGGUUUUCCUGUUCCAAAUGCCGUGGAUUGCAAUCGGCAUUGUGUUGUUAUGUCUCUUGUCCGCGGAUAUCCACUUGUGCAGGUUAAGCAAUUGCAAAAUCCAGAUGUGGUUUUUGAAACAAUACUUAGUCUUGUUGUUCGUAUGGCAGAACACGGUCUCAUUCAUUGUGAUUUCAAUGAAUUUAACAUUAUGAUUGAUGAUGAUGAGAAGAUCACAAUGAUUGAUUUCCCACAAAUGGUUUCAGUAUCUCAUCGUAAUGCCAAGAUGUACUUUGACCGUGACGUCGAGUGCAUUUUUAAGUUCUUCAGAAAGAGGUACAACCUGUCUUUUCAAGAAAAUGAAGAUGAAUCUGAUGAUUCAGAGGUAGAUUCAGAUGAAGAAUGCCGGCCUCAGUUUUCUGAGAUAAACAAAGUUUCCGGUUUCCUGGACAAGGAACUUGCAGCAAGUGGUUUUACUGGAAAGGAUCAAGAAGACAUUGAACGGUUCAUUGUAGAGGAUGUUGAAGAGGAUUCAGAUUCUGACGCUGAAGGAACAGAAGACGAAGAGUACAAUGCUGACAGCACGAAUGAGUCAAACAUUAAGGAUUUUGAUUCCGUGUGCUCACUGAAGAAGGAAGAAGAUAAUACACCUGAUUGUGGAGAUAGACAGAUUGAGCACCAAGCUGUGGAAAAAGAUAGACAUUUUGAGCGUGACGAUAAUCCUGAAGACGAAUCUUCACAAGCUGGGUGUGAUCAUGAUUCUGAAGCCGACGAGCAAAUUGAGGACCCUGAACUUAUGAAGCGUCUGACUAAACAGAGACAGCGAGCCAUUCAAGCAGCCCGUGGGAGAAAGAAGAGUUCUACGUCGAGAACCAAGUACUCAGAUAAAGGCGGAAGGUCCUCUUACAAAUCAAAGGUCCAAAAGCAAAUGAGCAGCUGGUAAAAUGCCUAGAAUACAUCGAGGUGAUUAUAAUUAUAUAGAGUUCCACCUUUUCUUGUGAUGACAAAAUAUUGGAAGAGCUUUAAUGCUGGAGAUACUGAUUUCCUCUGUUGCAUGUUGUAAUAUUCACAUCAUGUAAGAUCUAUUUUCAGAUUUUGAUCGCGGAAUGUAGAUUACACUUGCAUUAAACCGAUUUUUGGCUUGCAAGUUAAAAUUUUAUCCAAGUUUUCAUCUCGCGUUUAUGCUUGGCUUA